AUGGUUCUUCAAAACGAUAUUGAUCUGCUUAACCCACCUGCUGAGAUCGAGAAGUCCAGACACAAGCUCAAGCGCCUUGUUCAAUCUCCUAAUUCAUCUUUCAUGGAUGUCAAGUGCCAUGGCUGCUUUAACAUUACGACGAUAUUCAGCCACUCGCAGACGGUGGUGUUAUGUGGAAACUGCCGGACAGUCCUGUGCCGACCCACAGGAGGAAAGGCAAGGCUCACUGCAGGAUGCGCUUACAGGUAUAAAUAA